GUGAGUGGGUGAGUGGACCGGCGGAGACAGCUUGUCACACACAGCCAGGCCAGGCAAGGUGAGGGUGCCCGGGGUGCCGGCUCAGACACAGAGCUGCGGCCGCUGGACAUCAUUCAGCCGGAGGGCGGAGGCUGAGAGACGGCAGGAGUACAGAGAUGUCAACGCUGACUUUUAAAAACAAGCUUGUCACGUUUUUGUGUUGCAAGUUCUGUGAUCAUAUUUUGUGUGCCCGAGGUAUGAAGGCAGUCCUGCUGUCCGACUCUGACGUGGAACUCUACUCCACCGAUAUCCCCCCUACAAGGGCUGUGGACUUUAUUGGAAAUUGCUACUCCACAGAAAGCUGCAAGUGUAAAAUAAAGGAUAUUGCAUGUUUAAAAUGUGGCAAUGCCGUUGGCUACCAUGUGGUCGUUCCAUGCAAGUCUUGUUUGCUCUCCUGUAACAAUGGGCAUUUCUGGAUGUUUCACAGCCAGGUGAUCUAUGCUGUCAAUAGACUGGAUUCUUCUGGUGUUGAUUUCCUUCUGUGGGGGAACUUACCCGAUACAGAGGAUGAUGAGGAUGAAUAUAAUCUAUCUGAAGAGGAAUUCAUCAGAUAAUGAACUGAGAAGUCAAGACAUUUCAAUUUCGGUGCUUUCCAAAUAUUCUGUAUAAGGUACCUUGACGUUACCUCAAAGUUCCUAAGUGCGUUGAAUCCACUGUAGUGGGGAACUGCAGUUAGUGGACCAGUGUGAGCUUGUUUGAUACUCUCUUCGCCAGGAAUAUAUGUGCUUGUGCAUAGACUGAUGAGGAACAAGUGUGCACCAAGCCUAUUUGCUAAGUUGUGGAAAUUUUGCAAAUCUGUUGGGAGAAAGCAAGCAUAGAACUUUGCUUUUGAUAGUAGGUUAACUUUGGUUGGACUUACCACUGGACACGAACAUGAAUGACAAGCGAAGAACCUUGUGAUUGCUGGAAUCGGGAAAAUACCCUGCCGCUUCUCCAUAAUGUUUCAAUGAUUUUAUGCAAUGUAAUAUAAUAGCUCUUUAAAAAUAUUCUAUUUGCACUGAGAAAA